ACUUCCGGCUAGCCCUUCCCCCGCCUCCCUCGCGUGGCCACCUCCCCCUCUGCCUUCUCCUACCCAGUCUCUUCCCCAAGUCUCCCCACCCCUCGUGCUCUCCGCCCCGCUUGCCCCCAGUUCUUCCCCGCCCGCUCCAUCCGGGUCGCUGACGGCUGUCUCUGGAGUGGACAGCGGCGGCGUCCGCUUUUCUCUAAGGAACCCGAUGAGAACUUCCAUUUUCUGUUGAUGUGGAGACAUAGGGUACCUCCAACUUUCCGGGGUUUCAGAAGAGAAUUUUUUAUUGAAACUGGAAGACCAAAAUAAUUACAAGCAUGUUGUGCUGGGGAAAUGCAUCCUUUGGACAGCUAGGUUUGGGUGGAAUUGAUGAAGAAAUUGUACUAGAGCCCAGAAAAAGUGACUUUUUUAUAAAUAAAAAGGUCCGAGAUGUAGGAUGUGGACUCAGACAUACUGUAUUUGUUCUGGAUGAUGGAACCGUGUACACAUGUGGAUGUAAUGAUCUAGGACAGCUAGGUCAUGAAAAAUCCAGAAAGAAGCCAGAGCAGGUUGUUGCCUUGGAUGCCCAAAAUAUUGUAGCUGUUUCAUGUGGAGAAGCUCAUACAUUAGCAUUAAAUGACAAAGGCCAGGUGUAUGCUUGGGGUCUUGAUUCAGAUGGACAACUUGGCCUGUUAGGAUCAGAGGAAUGCAUCAGAGUACCCAGAAAUAUUAAAAGUUUGUCAGAUAUCCAGAUUGUACAGGUUGCUUGUGGUUACUAUCAUUCACUUGCACUUUCUAAAGCAAGUGAAAUCUUCUGUUGGGGACAGAAUAAAUAUGGCCAAUUGGGUUUAGGUACUGACUGUAAAAAGCAAACCUCACCACAGCUGAUUAAGUCUUUGCUUGGAAUCCCUUUCAUGCAAGUUGCAGCAGGAGGAGCCCAUAGUUUUGUACUCACCCUUUCUGGAGCUAUCUUUGGAUGGGGACGCAACAAGUUUGGUCAGCUAGGUCUUAAUGAUGAAAAUGAUAGGUAUGUUCCUAAUUUACUAAAGUCACUAAGAUCUCAGAAAAUAGUUUAUAUUUGUUGUGGAGAAGAUCAUACUGCUGCACUAACCAAGGAAGGUGGAGUGUUUACUUUUGGAGCUGGAGGGUAUGGUCAGUUGGGCCAUAAUUCUACCAGUCAUGAAAUAAACCCAAGGAAAGUUUUUGAACUUAUGGGAAGCAUUGUCACUCAGAUUGCUUGUGGACGGCAGCACACUUCUGCUUUUGUUCCUUCAUCAGGACGAAUUUACUCUUUUGGGCUUGGUGGUAAUGGGCAGCUGGGAACUGGUUCAACAAGCAACAGGAAAAGUCCCUUCACUGUAAAAGGAAAUUGGUACCCUUAUAAUGGGCAAUGUCUACCAGAUAUUGAUUCUGAAGAAUAUUUCUGUGUAAAAAGAAUUUUCUCAGGGGGAGAUCAAAGCUUUUCACAUUACUCUAGUCCCCAGAACUGUGGGCCACCAGAUGACUUCAGAUAUCCUGAUCCUACAAAGCAGAUCUGGACAGUGAAUGAAGCUCUAAUUCAGAAAUGGCUGAGCUAUCCUUCUGGAAGGUUUCCUGUGGAGAUAGCCAAUGAGAUAGAUGGAACAUUUUCUUCCUCUGGUUGCCUAAAUGGAAGUUUUUUAGCUGUUAGCAAUGAUGAUCACUAUAGAACAGGUACCAAAUUUUCAGGGGUUGAUAUGAAUGCUGCUAGGCUUUUAUUCCACAAACUUAUACAACCUGAUCAUCCGCAGAUAUCUCAGCAGGUGGCAGCUAGUUUGGAAAAGAAUCUUAUUCCUAAACUGACUAGCUCCUUACCUGAUGUUGAAGCAUUGAGGUUUUAUCUUACUCUACCAGAAUGUCCCCUGAUGAGUGAUUCCAACAAUUUCACAACAAUAGCAAUUCCCUUUGGUACAGCUCUUGUGAACCUAGAAAAGGCACCACUGAAAGUACUUGAAAACUGGUGGUCAGUACUUGAGCCUCCACUAUUCCUCAAGAUAGUAGAACUUUUUAAGGAAGUUGUGGUACAUCUUUUGAAACUCUACAAGAUCGGUAUUCCCCCUUCUGAAAGAAGAAUUUUCAACAGUUUUCUUCAUACUGCAUUAAAGGUUUUAGAAAUACUACAUAGGGUAAAUGAGAAAACGGGACAGAUUAUACAGUAUGAUAAAUUUUAUAUACAUGAAGUACAAGAAUUGAUAGACAUAAGGAAUGAUUAUAUCAACUGGGUCCAACAGCAGGCCUAUGGAAUGGAUGUCAACCAUGGAUUAACUGAGUUGGCAGAUAUCCCUGUUACAAUCUGCACAUAUCCAUUUGUAUUUGAUGCCCAAGCAAAAACUACUCUGUUACAGACAGAUGCAGUCUUACAGAUGCAGAUGGCUAUUGAUCAGGCCCACAGACAGAACGUCUCCUCUCUUUUUCUCCCAGUGAUUGAAUCUGUGAAUCCCUGCUUAAUUCUAGUGGUGCGUAGAGAAAAUAUUGUAGGAGAUGCAAUGGAAGUCCUUAGGAAAACAAAGAACAUAGAUUACAAAAAGCCACUCAAGGUUAUAUUUGUUGGAGAAGAUGCUGUGGAUGCAGGAGGGGUACGCAAAGAAUUUUUCUUGCUCAUCAUGAGGGAAUUAUUGGAUCCUAAAUAUGGCAUGUUUAGGUAUUAUGAAGAUUCCAGGCUCAUUUGGUUUUCUGAUAAGGUAAAUUGUGAA